AUGUCAAUUUUUGGACGCACCACCUAUUCGGCCGCGAGCUAUGCGGCUUUCCGGCCGUCAUACCCACCAAGCCUAUUUAAUAAAGUCCUAGCUUACCACGCCCAGGGAAGCCGCGGGCCUUCUUCCCCUUCCGAGGCGGGGACUUUGCUCGAUCUCGGCUGCGGCCAUGGCCUCAUCGCUCGAGCUCUAGCGUCGCAUUUUCGCCGCGUGAUCGGGGUUGACCCAAGCCGAGGCAUGAUCGAGCAGGCCCGGUCCAUGACGAUAGGCAAGGCCGACAAUAUAGAGUUCCGGCAGGGCAAGGCCGAAGAGCUUCAGUUCCUGGACGAUGGGGAAAUCGACAUGGUCGUCGUCGGGCAAGCAGCGCACUGGUUCGACAUGGACAAGCUAUGGCCUGAGCUUGCCCGGGUGGUGAAGAAAGGGGGUUCGCUGGCCAUAUGGGGUUACAAAGAUAACAUUAUAGUGGGACAGCCGGAAGCCACCAAGAUCUACGACGAGUUUACGUAUAGCGACGAGAAAGUAGGCCCCGGGUUCGAGAGUAUGGGCCCUUACUGGGAGCAGCCUGGACGUCAGAUCAUCCGCGACUCACUGCAGGCCGUGAAGCCACCCUCGCACGAGUGGGUUGGCGAGCUAGGAGAAUUUGAAGGAUAUGUCCGGUCGUUUAGCGCGUACGUUGGCUGGAGAGACAACCACCCAGAGUCUAAACCCCGAACUGAUGGAGGUAGUGGAGACAUUGUGGAUGUCAUGUUUGACCAGAUCCUGGAAGCGGUGCCGGAAUGGAAGGCCAUAGGACCGGACGGAUGGCGCGAGGAGAAGAUAGAAGCCAUCUGGGGAACCGUUCUUAUAAUGGCAAGGAGGAAGUGA